AUCCAAACGAACGAGUAGAUAUAAUUGGCAAAUAUAUAAGUACCAGAUCUUGUUCUAUUGUCUGCACAUUUAUACCGACCUGCUUCAAAGGUACCGACAGAGUCAAGCAGGAAACUUGUUACCAGUAGCUAUUCAGAAAUAGAAGAUCAAUAACCGAUGGUAUAUUAUUUGGACUCUACAAUAAUAAUAUAGAUCCAGUGAUUAUCUCGUGUUUGAGAGAUUUGUGCAAGGGGCGACAAGUCAGGAGGUCAGAAUGUCUCUUCUCAACGUCUUCUUUUGCUGCGUUAUAUUCGCCGUUUGCACCUCCCCCGCGGCUUUUGGUGCUGCGAACGAUCACGCUGAAGGAGGAAUGGCAACCACUCUCAUCAUGGCAACCACUCCCACCAUGGCAACCACUCCCACCAAGGCAACCAUUCCCAUCAUGGCAACCAAUCUCACCAUGGUAAUCACUCCCACCACGGCAACCAAUCCCACCAUGGCAACCAAUCCCACCAUGGCAACCAAUCCCACCAUGGCAACCAUUCCCACCAUGGAAACCAGUCCCAACAUGGUAACCUUUCUCACCAUGGCAACCAUUCUCACCCUGACAACCACUCCCACCAUGGCAACCACUCCCACAUAUUUGAUGAAAAGCAUGCUGAACCUAUGAAGAAAGAUGCCGAAGAGGACAAGGCAGUCUUGAGGGUCCUUGCCGACGUAAUUUUCAGUUUGCUGGGCGUGAACAACGACGACGAGUAGUUGACAGGUCACAAACCAUAGGUAUGCAUGUCGAAUGAUGAAUCUAAGACCAAAGAAGUCCUGAUUAGAUUUCAUCUCAUAAAAAAAAGAAUCAGUCUACGUCUCUCUUAGAUGAGUAGUAGCCUUGCCAAUAAUUAGUUCCCAAAGGAAGUGAAACAAAAUUAUCAAUUUUAAAUGGUAGCAUUCGAAGCUAAUCGUUUGAGAAAGAUUUAGAGCUAUUUGCGAAGAAUGCAAACAUUCCCAAAAUGUUAUAAUAAUUUGUGCAUUCAUUCUGAACGUCUCAACACCAGCCUUGUUAGUUUUCUGAAAGUCUAACCAGCACGAUAUUUGACACAAACCAAGUAGCGUUCAGAGACAGGUCGCUGUUCGAAAAAUUUGUGUACUGUCUCUUUUUUUAACGCUGCUACUCUGUUUAAGGUACAUCAUGUUUGCUUACUUAAAGUUAAUAAAUGCACAUUGGUUUCUUUCAUGAAGGAAGUGUAUACUGAAUCAAAAAUGGAAAUUAAAAGACUGAACAACACAAA